AUGAUAGCACGGUUACGAAAAAUAUUCGUUUGUUGUGCGAAUGGUCGAGAUAAUGCUGUCUUGACCCCGGAAGAAGCCGCAGCAGAAGCUGCAGUAGUAGCUUAUGAGAAUGAACUCAUUCGUAGAAAAUGUGUUGCUUCUCUUCUGCGCUCCUGCAGUGUUGAGAGCUCUGUGAUACCACCACCCAAGUGGCGCAAACGGUAUGGUAGACGUGUGCCCAUUGGUCCAAAUGGUGCUCUAGCACUUUGUGAGCAUCUCCUGCGUCAACGUGAAGAAGAACAGGCAAAUCCUACUACAAAUCACACUAACAAUAGAAUUACACUUGAUCUAAAUGGAUUACGAAUAGGAGACGAUGGGAUUCGAGCACUUGUACCAUUUAUCUCCUCUGAUGAUCGUCUGGUGAGUCUAGUACUUUCUGGUAAUAACAUCACGGAUGAGGGCCUUGGCGUACUUCUUGAUGCCCUCGCAGGGAGUCCCAAAACUCUCCAGCGUCUUUCAUUAGGUGAUAAUGCCAUAAGUGCCGCUGGGGCUAUGCGUGUGGUGGAGGCCUGCGGCAGUGGCCUGUUGCCGGCCCUCUGCGCGCUCUCCCUCAGUUCCCCCGCCCACCCGCCCGCCAAGCCGGAAAAGGAAGAAAUGGCGUUGGCGGUGGGUCUCUCGCGGCUGUUGCGGGGCGACGGCUGCCCGCCCCUCGCGGCCCUCGACGUCCGCCACCCGAUGGGCGACGCGGCGGCGGCAGUUCUCGCCGGUGGAGUCGCCGACGCCCCGCGGCUUGCGGCCCUCCGCCUGCGCAGCUGCGGGUUGAGUGCGGAGGGGCUCCGCCGCAUCGCCGACGCCCUCGUCGCGAACCGAACACUCGUCGCCCUCGACGUCUCGCGGCAGACGGAGGCCAAUCAGCAGCCGCAGACAACAUCCCCCGAGAGGCCGCUGCUGCCCAUUAUAAAGGCCCUGCACAGCAAUCACACCCUACGCACCCUCACCGCCUAUGGAAUUGAUGUUGUGGAUGACGACGUGGAGGAGCUCUGUGCCUGCGUGGAGCGAAGUGGAAACACCGCAAUACAGUGUGUUCACCUUACCGGUGUCACCUCAAGGCCACUCGCUAUUAAGUUGGAAAAUCUUCUCAUGCGUAAUGCAAGGAGGAUCAGUCAUGAAGGCACUGCCUGUAGUAGGAAAAGUAGUCAUCCUAAUAGUUAUACCAUAAGUUCUGAGGUCAAUGGAAAGGAUAAUGCUAAUGCGGGGGCAAAUAGUUUGCAGACAGUGGGGCCAUCAUUCCCAAAACGCUCAAAGAUUGGAAGUUCAACUCAACGACGUACGCCAAAAUUUAAGGAAAGAAUUGCACUUGAAGGUAUGAGUUCUCACAGCAAUGUAAAGUUACCGCCUAUUGGCAAUAGUACUCUUACCUCAGUUAUCUCUCUUCAGAAUGAUGAUGGUGAUGAAAAUGAGAUAAAUGAGACACCCGAACGGUGUGGUCUCAACGACUCUAUGAGUGAUAUUACUAUGUCUUCAAUGUCCUCCAGGUCGUGCAGCUUUUCACCAAAGGAGAAUUUUGGACAACCACUGUAUACUUCACGUCCAUCGCUGUCAAAGCAAAAGCACAAGAUGACGCGAACACUGCGAGGCGCAUAG